UGGCUACCCACGUGCUCCCAUCAUGGAGGCUGAAGACUCUACUCCCUCGACUUGCACUACAAAGAAAGGGAAAGAGAGUCAGGCAAUGAAGCCAGCGAAAGGAGGGAAAGCUAAAAGGAAGGAAUAUAACCGCCGGAAUGAGCCACAGAGCGUCCUCAAGGUACAGGAUGACAAGGAAGAGGAUGUGGAAGCAUUACAGGCCUUUGAUUUCCUUUCUGCUCGUGCUAAAGAGUUCAGUAGUAUGCUCUGGGCUGUCCGUAACAAAGGAGGCGCCAAGAGAACCUUCCAGAAGCUCCCGCGUCACAUGAGACGGAGAGCGAUGAGUUUUAAAGUCUCGCGUCUUCCGUGGAGAGAGAGGGAAAUGGCAGCUGCUGAGUUAGAAGAAUCAAGCGAUGGCAGUCUAGCGAAGAAAAAGAAGAAGAAACAGAAGCGUAAAAAGUGCAACAGCAGGGAAGACUAUCUCAAGAGACAAAAGGAUGGAAAGAAAUGGCUUGAGACCCACAUCUGGCACGCAAAGAGGAUGCGUAUGGGAAUUAAAUGGGGAUACAAGAUCCCACUGGAGUCUUUUAGUAAAGGGAAGCGUGUUAAUUAUAGAUUCAUGAAGAAAGGGACACUGAUAUCUGAUAUUUCUUAUAUGGCCUGCAUUGAAGUUGAAGGCAGUACUAGAUCAAUGAUGGUUGAGAAACUGAGCUGUGCUUUUAGCAAGGACAGUGAUUUCCAUUCUCUUGAUGUUAUCAAUGGCCUCAAAGAAGGUGUGACAAUUAUGUAUCAUCCUUUCACGUAUCCUCAUUGUUCGGUGGGUCAGGUUCUACUGCUAUGGCAGCCAAACACUUUGGACAACUCUUGUAAACUAUGGGUCUGGUGCCUACCAGCAAUAGUGAACGAAAUAAAAGAGAUAAUUGGCGAAAUAAAUAAUCAGGAAAACGACAAAGAGAGAAAUAUUUUAAGUUUUAAAGUUGUCCCUGACCUUUUACGAUUUCGAUUAGUCGGCCCUCAUUCUCACCUCGUUAUCACCUCAAUACUGUCGGCUCCGCCCGUUAAAGAAUUAUCAACUCAGUCAGCCCCAGAUACAAGCACACCCCAAGCAGCGGCUGCUGAUAGCGAAGGAUUAGUAUAUUUACGAUCUUUACCAAAAUGGGCCGAGUUUUCUCAAACGAGUCAGUCCCGGGGCUGGUGGGUUGAGAGGGUGACCCUAGAAGAUGCUCAUAGAUUAAAUGAAUUAUACAAUGUUAAUACAGAGUCUUGUGACAUGUUUCCAAAUGGUUCUGUACUCUCUCUCUUCUCCUCUGAUCCUCGUCUUACCCUACCUGUUAAGAGAGGAUCAACCGGUUGUCCUCCUGCACAGGAAGGGAGUGAGAAUAAGAAGGACUUGGAGGCAUUGUUGAAGGAUCUGGAGUCGGAGUUGGUAAAGAUAAAAGAGAGAGGAGAGAGGGAGGGAGAGGAGAUCGAGGAAGAUGUACAUGUACAUGUAGAACAAACUGAUUCUCUUGAAAUUGAUUUGGUCUCUUCCUGGCCACAUCCAUCAUUGACCACACCCACUCAAUUUCCGUUCAUUUGGGACGAAAGUGUGAGAAGUGAUUCAUCAUUAUCACAGCUACCUGAUCAUAUCAUCAACGAAGUUAGAGGAAAAUAUUUUCUAAAGCCAGAGAGUAUUAACUUAGGACAUGAAACCAGCGUCCUACCUUUAAUGUUAAUUAAAAGACAAUAUCCUGAUACACUCUGCCUACCUGAUUCAAUUCACGCCCACACACUUGAUUACCAUUCCCAUCCGCACAAACAGCUUAUUAGUGGGUGGGAUGUUAUAUUGCCGUCUCGUUGGGGCAUGUCCUUUUGGAUAUCGUUAAUCUAUCGCGGGGCCCGCCCCCUCGGGUUUAACGAGCUUAACACUUGUUGUCACCUUGAGAAUCUCUCUCCUUUGUUCCCACGGGAUUACCCGGAUACGGUUGCCGGGCGGGAUGAAGAGAUCCAGACCCUUUCUGAAUGCUCGUCCCAAUAUGGACGCUAUCCUCCGGAUAAGAGACCAAACUUUGGAAAGUUGAGGAUUGCCAGUCCAUUUCUUCCUCAGUGGAAGGAACUAAUGGACUCUAUUUCUAGUAGUGACUCAAAUGAGUUCAAUCAACCGGAAAAGAAAAUAAAAUUGGAAGUAGAGAUGAAGGAAGAAAAUGUAAAGGAAGUAGAGAGACAUGAUGAUGGGGUCAUGAUCUCUACUGAUAAAUGUAUUUCUUUUCAUGUUGUAAGACAGUCUUCCUUGAUAGAUAUCUUGGAAGGUUUCAGAUCAGAAUUAAUCAGUAGUGAGGCUCUUUCUUUAAACUUUACUGAUAUUCUUUCACGGCAUGGUAUCAAUCGGUUGCUUAGUGAUAACCCUCGUUGCUUAGUAACGGUUCUUUGUGAAGUUGCUUCUCAUGGAAAAAUCCCGCCUCAGUCUCUCAUUUCUCUCCCGACUUUCUCCGAUAUUUCUUCUCACCUCUCGGCCGAUGGGCGAGGGUUUCUGGGACCGUGUGAGCCUCUAGCCCCAAGGGGCCUGACGUUUUUUGAAGGAGGCGUGAUUUAUAGCGGAGUAUACUCGAUGAACCGUAAGGAGAUGAAGGAUUUGAAUAAAAAGAGGAAGAAGGCACUUCAGAGGAAGAACAGGUUGAGAGGAGAGGGUGAGUGUGAGCUCACACAAGAGGAGAAAGAUCUCAUCCAAACUCCUGAUAUUGUAUUUAGAUUGACUCCGCCCACUACCUCUAGACAGACGAUAGGUUAUAUUGGACAGACUGUUGGUUACAGUCACACUUACUCUCGCUGUGUGGGCGUCGGUCAUCUCUCACUUCACUGGUGGGUGGAGUUGUGUCGGUUGGCUCAUCAGGCAAAAGCUGGGAGUGUGGUUGCUCUUGUACGAGGUCAUUCUACUCAGUAUUACAUGGUGCAUGUUAACUUGUAUUUAUGGAGGAAUUAAUAUUCUAUUAAUAAUGUAACUAAACUAAACAUAUUAAUGAAAAAUGA